AUGAGCUUGCGGCUCUUCCCGAAUAUACGCCGACAGCUGCGCCGCCCGAAAGCGACAAAAGUUGCGCACCGUGGCAACGACACAGAGAGCGAAAAAGAGUCUGACGACAGCGAGGACGAAGACGAGAACUGCAAAAUGGUGCUCUGCGUUCGCCAAGACCUGAACAUGGGAAAGGGAAAGAUCGCUGCUCAGUGCGGCCACGCGACGCUUGGCGCCUACAGACAGGCGGAGCGUCGCCAGGAUCCUUUCCUGGCGUCGUGGACUUCUUCCGGGCAGAAGAAAAUUGCCGUAAAAAUCAAAGACGAGGCAGAGAUGCGAAGUCUGCAUGCAGACGCAAAACAAAAGGGUGUCAACGCCUAUGCGGUGUGCGACGCUGGGCGCACGCAAGUCCCCGCCGGCUCCUUCACCGUCCUUGCCGUGGGACCAGGUCCUGAGAGCCUCGUCGACGCCGUGACGGGGCACUUGAAGCUACUCUGA